AUGCUGCAUCCCCCCGCCUCUCUCCCUGAGAGAUGCGCGAGCGCGCGCGUCUGCGCCGAUCGGCCCCGCGGAGCGCGCUUCCCUGGGCGGCCUUGUCCUGCUGCGCAUGCUCGGCGCUCACUGCCCGGCUGGGACCUGCGCGCCUCGGAGCAUCUGCCGCUGCACCCGCACCCCGGCCUGCAUAUCCCGCGCCCCGCUAUGACGGCGCACUCCUUCGCCCUCCCGGUCAUUAUCUUCACCACGUUCUGGGGCCUCAUCGGCCUCGCCGGGCCUUGGUUCGUGCCGAAAGGACCCAACCGCGGAGUGAUCAUCACCAUGCUGGUAGCCACCGCCGUCUGCUGUUACCUCUUCUGGCUCAUCGCCAUCCUGGCUCAGCUGAACCCAUUGUUCGGGCCACAGCUGAAGAACGAGACCAUCUGGUACGUGCGCUUCCUGUGGGAGUGACCACUGCCACCUCAGCCCAGGUACCCCAGCUCUCCGGAUGACCUUGGCUCAACUGUCCCUGGUGAUCUCUUUGUCCUUACCCCCACAGCUGUGUCCUGGACCCUCUGUGUUCCCUCCCCCAGGGCUUGCCUGAUUCCCGGAGGUACCCCCUUCCCCAGCCAACCCAGGCCCUGAGCUCAGAGUCAGGUUGGAGCGGGAGAGAUCCCAGCCUCACACUCCCACUUCCCACCUGGAAGGCCAGGUGUCCUGCAGAGAAGGGCUUCCAGCCCAAGAUACUCCGAGCCUGGCGUGGGCCAGGCCAGAGAGGAAGCCUUAGGUGGGGUGUCAUAUCAGCUCUGUCCUGGUCCUGCUGUGUGGCCCCAGGAGCCUCUUCCUCCAGGGGCUUCAUCGAGGUGUGUCAAAGGCCUUUCUUGGAAUUCUCUAAUCUUCACAUUUAGAUGUGAAAUUUCUGAAAAUGUUGAAAUAAUGGAAAAAUAUUCACACACACA